AUGGAGGGCGAAAUCGAGGAGACGAAGGCGUCGGGUCCGUCUGAGAUUCUGUCGUGGCUCUACCUGGGCUCCAAGUAUCACUACUUCGACAGCGACAACCUCAAAUCUUUGGGCAUCACGCACGUGCUGAAUGUGGUGGGUGGCCGCUACCCGAGCGACAUCCCUAAGGACCAGUUCGAGAUCAUACCGCUGAGCGACUAUGGCACUGACAAGCUCGACAAGAAGCUCACGUCCUGCUUCGAGUUCCUUCAGCUGGUGAAGGAGCGCGAGGCCAAGGUGCUGGUCCACUGCCAGAUGGGCGUCAACCGAUCUCCCACCGUCGUCAUCGCCUACCUGGUCAAGUACGAGAACUACAGCCUCAAGGACGCCGUAGACCGAGUCCGGGAGCGACGUCCGAUCGUGUACCCGCACAAGCUCUACCUGGAGCAGCUGCGCGAGCUCGAGCCUCGAUGGCGAAGCGGCGAGUCGACGUUCCCCAAGGAGGUUGAGGAGGACUGCUUCCCCACCAUCGUGUGGAACGUGUAA